AUGACUAACGUCUACUUCGACGUCGAGUACGCCGACAAGUCCGGUGCUGUCAAGGCCGGCCGCAUCAACUUCAAGCUCUACGAUGAUGUUGUCCCCAAGACUGCUGCCAACUUCAAAGCUCUCUGCACUGGCGAGAAGGGCUUCGGAUACAAGGGCUCUGGCUUCCACCGCAUCAUCCCAGGUUUCAUGAUCCAGGGUGGUGACUUCACCCGCGGAAACGGAACUGGUGGAAAAUCCAUCUACGGUGACAAGUUCGCCGAUGAGAACUUCAAGUUAAAGCACGACCGCCCUGGUCUUCUCUCCAUGGCCAACGCUGGACCAAACACCAACGGCUCUCAGUUCUUCAUCACCACUGUCGUCACCAGCUGGCUCGAUGGAAAGCACGUCGUUUUCGGUGAGGUCUGUGACGACAAGUCCAUGGAGAUCGUCAAGGCCCUCGAGUCUGUUGGUAGCGCUUCCGGUACUGUCCAAACCAGCCCCAAGCCCACCAUCAAGGACUGCGGUGUCUUGUAA